AUGGCUCUUAACUACAGUUCAAUUGAUGACGAUGGUGCUUUCUCAUUCCGAAAUCUUGAAAGAAAUUCAAAACUUGAAAAGAUGGGACUCAAGAUGCCAAGUUUCCGUAAAACUGGUACUACAAUUGUAGGAGUGACCACUCGUGAUUGUGUUAUUUUGGCUGCUGACACACGUGCUACAUCUGACACAAUAGUUAUGGAAAAAAACUGUGAAAAAAUACAUUAUAUUGGAAAAUAUAUGCAUUGUUGUGGUGCUGGUACAGCAGCAGACACUAUGCAAGUUACUCGUAUGGUAUCUGCCAAUGUUUCAUUGCAAGCAUUCAAGUUUCCCGAUGAAAUGGUUCCAGUUGUUUUUGCUGCUAGAUCUCUUCGUCAAUAUCUGUUUAAAUACAUGGGUUAUGUUUCUGCUGCUUUAAUUUUGGGAGGUAUUGAUGACAAUGGUUCACAUUUAUAUUCUAUUUAUCCUCAUGGUUCAAUUGAUAAAUUACCUUACAUAUCUAUGGGAUCAGGAAGUAUGGCUGCUAUUUCUGAACUAGAAAGUCGUUGGAAUGAAAAUUUAACGGAAGAAGAAGGCAUGAAACUUGCAUGUGAUGCUAUUUUGGCAGGUGUGUUCAAUGAUCUUGGUUCUGGAAGUAAUGUAGACUUAUGUAUCAUUAAAAGAGAUGGGACUCGUAUGCUUAGGAACUACUUGACACCCAAUAAAAAACCAGCUACUUCUAAAUAUAUCUACCCGGCUGGUUUGACUAAAGUGUUAGCCAAAAGUGAAAUUAAAUUUCAAAUUACCGAAGAAACUGUCAUGGAAGUGGAUGCUUAAUUUUCAAUUUUUAAUAUGAUUUUAUAUGCAUAAUUUAAAAUGUUAAAUACAUAUUUCAUUUCUCCAGUUAA